UGCUCGUCAUCCGCAAACAUCCAAGCAUCGGGUCAGACCAGGAGCCAGGUCGCAGUCUGACUCGGGGACACCAGGGUUAGCCUAUCGAAAGUCUCAUUCCUGAAGACGACGACGACGACGACAUCUGCAAAGCCACCGUAUCGAUCAGUAUGAGGAGGCUUCCCCGCGUGGCGUCCGCAGUCGGCCGUCGACAGCUUCAGCCAUUCCCAUUCCACUGCUCACGAGCUUCUCCCAUCACUGCUAUAGCUCCCCAUAGAGAAUUUACGUCCCUAGGAUUCCGUCUAUUACCCUCUGAUUUUCACCGCUCCGAUUUCACAAGUCAACCGUUCACUGGAAGCUAUGAAGCUGGCCUCCCAACUUCCGGUCCCCUGGGGUCCGCCCCCGCCUUUGGCACCCCAAGGUUAACACCACGAAUGUUGAAGCAGUAUCUCGAUCAGUAUGUGGUUGGGCAGGACAGGGCGAAGAAGAUUCUCAGUGUGGCCGUUUACAAUCAUUACCAGCGUAUAAUGGAGCUGCAGCGACAGGACGAGGCUGCUGCGGAGUUGAUGGCGCAGAGGGAGAGACGAGCGUCGGUGGAAGCUCAUCCAAUGGAGAGCGAGUUCCCCGGCCAGCAGCGAACAGUCCACAUUCGGCCUCCACCACGAGAGCCUGACCACCAUCCAUUCGGACAGUCACCUUUGACUGAUGAGUCCCCAGUGCAGCUUGAAAAGUCAAACAUACUCUUACUUGGACCAUCUGGUGUCGGCAAGACGCUGAUGGCCAAGACCCUAGCCCGGGUCCUGGAUGUACCAUUCAGCAUGUCUGACUGCACCCCGUUCACUCAAGCUGGAUACAUCGGCGAGGAUGCCGAAGUCUGUGUCCACCGACUACUUGCCGCCGCUAAUUACGACGUUGAAAAGGCCGAACGAGGGAUAAUCUGCCUCGACGAGAUUGAUAAAAUAGCGACUGCCAAGGUCAGCCACGGGAAGGAUGUCAGCGGUGAAGGCGUUCAACAAGCUCUCCUCAAAAUCAUUGAGGGGACCACAAUCCAAGUCCAAGCAAAACCAGAGAGACACUCAUCCAGGCCCGCGGGAGGUGCUCCCCCCGGAUCAUUUCCUCCAGGAGGCAUGCCUGGUGCUGGUUACUCCUCCAGCGCCUCAGGCGGACCCUCCCCACCCUCAAAGGGCGAGGUAUACAACGUACGAACCGACAACAUCCUCUUCAUCUUCUCCGGGGCCUUUGUCGGGCUCAACAAAGUCGUAAUGGACCGGGUCUCCAAGGGCUCCAUGGGCUUUGGACAGCCCGUGCGAGCAUCCUCUGGUUCCUCUGGCGACGGCCAUUACAACCCAUCCAUACCAAACCAACCUCCAGUCCCCAUCCUGCCAGGUUCCGAGGAAGAAGCAUUGUACAAAAAACACCUCCCGUUCUUCACUUCUGCAACGCCAGCUUCCUCUCACGGGGACCCCAUCUACUUCAACCCCCUCGACCUCCUCACCCCUACCGACCUCCAAAACUUCGGCUUCAUCCCCGAACUCGUGGGCCGAAUACCCGUCACCACGGCCCUUUCCCCCCUCAGCCACAGCCUCCUCCUUCGCAUCCUCACCGAACCACGCAACUCGCUCAUCACACAAUACGAAACCCUCUUCGACCUCUCCGGCAUAAAACUCAGCUUCACGACCGCGGCACUCCACAAAAUCGCCUCCAACGCAAUCGCCAUGGGCACCGGUGCACGCGCCCUGCGCACAGAGCUAGAAACGCUCCUCUCGGACCCGAUGUUCGAAGGACCGGGGUCAUCCGUCAAAUUCGUGCUCGUGACCGAGAACGUGGCAGUUCGGAACGAAAAACCCAUCUACCUCGGGCGCGGCCAUGGCAGUCGGUUCCAUUCUAUGAUUGCUGCCGAGGAGAGCGAGUGGGAGGCUCGACAGCAAAAGCGCGCUGAGAGUAAUAGUAAUGAUAAGGUGUCUAGCUUUGCCGAGUAUCGGAAAAGUGCAACUACUGGUCAGUAGACAUUGUCAACUAUUUUGGGUUGCACCGACGCGCUGUUUGGAUGUUCAUUGUAUAUAUAUAUAUAUUGCUACGUUGCUAAGCGGGUCUUGCUUUUAUGAUAACAGCGGGUAUGGGAUAUGAAAAUUAUGCUUAUAUAUAUAU